GUGUUUUUUUUACUAAAAGUGAUGUUAAACUACUUUUAGUUAGCUAAAAGUGUUUUUAGGCAAAAUUCAAUUUAGUGUGUUAACGCGACGCAGUUUUAAAAGCCUUAAAACAAAUUUUAAGAUUCUCGUAAACGAGCAAAUUAAUUGUUUACACCAACAAUUUAUCAUAACAUAGUAAGGACUUGCGCAGGGGUAGAGUCAAACAACCCUUGUUAAAAACAUCCUAUGCGUUUUCAAUAAAAAUUUUGUAAUGAAAUUUUAUAGCGACCGGGAAUCUUAUGGACCAGAUUUCGAUGAUCGAUUAAUACAACUCGUACGUGCAAAUCCAGCAAUAUAUGAUGUUAAGCAUCCUAAUUAUCGACGCAAUCCAGUUAGAAUAGCUAUUUGGGAUCGUAUAGCUAAGGAACUAAGAGCUCCUUCACGUUUUCUGCAAACAAAAUGGAAAAAUAUACGGUACAAUUAUUUGCAAGAAGUGAAGUCUUUAGAAACUGGCCUUACAAAUCCAAAUAUUCGGAAAAGGCGGUUUACGGAGGAUUUAUCAUUUCUACAAAAUACGGCGCAAACCUAUAAUGUUAAGAAGUAUAAUAAUACAUCAUAUAAUAGCUCUGACAAUGACAGUAAUAGUUAUUUGUAUCCUGACACUGUUCCACAAAAUCCGUUAGAAGUAAUUGAGAUUGAACACAGUGAUGAUGGCUCCCAGAAUGAUUUUCUAUGCAAUAAUACUGACAAUUUUACAAAUGCAUUUGAUAAAACUAGUGAUGAUUCGGCAUUUUUGGAGCAUGCAAACCAGGAUACAUCAGACGUUAACGAGGACAAUAAAAAUGUUGAUGAGAAGACACACGAUGAUGUUAAAAUUCCGCUGAAAGAAUUAUAUUCCAAUCCAUCUUCACCGUUAUUGACACCAAUGGGAUGCGUUACUGAUAAACCAAAAUUUGAUACAAACGGUUUCACAGGAUUUGAACCAUACGAAAAGAAAAACGGUCGUUCAAACAAUACGGGUUUUGAUGUCAUGAACAAUGCUGCAAAGCGUAAAGCUAUGCCUGCACAGAUUCCUGUUUUAACACCUAUCAAUGACCCCAUUGAGCUGUAUUGCUUGUCGUUAGUGGACAGUUUAAGAAAUAUGCCUCGAUCUGAGAGAGAACGUGUGAAGUUCGAGUUUUCAAAAAUACUGAAGGAUGCUAAAUAUAAGGACCAAAGUUAGUUGUGUAAUUAAAAUUUUAAUUUUUCGUAAAAAAACAGUAUUUUAACAUUAUUUUUCUAUAUUUUACAAAAAAAAGCACAUUGAAUCUAUUAUUAUCAUGUAUAUAUAAGAUUUAGGGGUGUUCUUAGUAGCAAAAAGCAUUCAUUCUUUGAAAGAGAGCCGAUAUACAAUUAAAUGGAAAUAAAUAAUGUAUCACAUUGUUUUGUAAUAUAUGUAUAUUUACAUAUGAUGUUAAUAUUGAGUUAUUCUAAAACACUCGUUAGGUUAAAAUAUUUGUACUGUAAUCUCUAAGUUCUAUGUUAUUUUUAACUGAAAUUUCUAAGUCAUAAAGUUAAGUAUUUUAUAAAAAAAAUAAUAAACAUCCAUAAAACUCAUGCUAGAAGAGCAAAAUCAAGUUACUGAAACCC